AUGACAGACGGUCUUCUGGAUCCAGAGAAGAAAGAAAGAUUAAUUGCCAACAGAUUUGUCAACACGCAGGGUGGCAAAAACAACAAUCGUGGACUUGACGAGUAUGUUGAGUUACUCAACAGAGACAGCAAGGUAGCUUGUCCAGGCUACCAAACAAAAGAAAGCAUUCUGGCUCACUCUACCGAGUAUCCUCACCUAAUAAACUAUGCAAAACAUUUUGAAUCCAUCAGUCAACUCGGAAAGGAUUUCACAAGUUACCAUCAUAUGCUGAGGAUGGGUGAAAACGAAGACGGUGACAAGGCAGCGUUCCGAAAAUGGUUCUCUUACAUUGGAGAACUGCGAUCAUUGGUUCCACAAACUUCCAUGCUAGCUUUGAGUGCAACAUGCACAUGGAAAAUAUCAAAACGAGUGUGGAAGGUUCUUAAUUUGAAGGAGGACACAUUACAAAUCAGGAUGUCCCCUGACAAAAUUAGCAUUAAGCUUGCAGUGCAUAAGAUUUCGAACACACUUGAAAUGUCAAUGUCUUGGAUUGUUGAUGGACUUCCCACUGACACAUUUCCAAGAACACUUAAUUGUCAUAACAUAACGGGAUGUCACAGUGUCAUUUUAUAUGGUGUUCCUUCAAAACUGAUUGACAUUGUCCAAGAAAUAGGACGAGUUGGACGGGAUGGGACGAGUUCGGUAGCCUUGCUCCUGUACAACUCAUACCACUUAAGUAAAUGUGAUGAAGAUGUAAAUCAUGUAUACAAAACAACUGAAUGUCAGAGACUUGCUCUCUUAAAAGGAUUUCUGACAUGGUCAUAUAUUCAAGCCUAUCAGUGA